AUGUGUGUUGGCAUUUUCUUCAAAAAGUGCUUUCUCUUUCAGGCUAAUACCUUUCAAGCGGUGCUGGUCACUGAUGGCGUGCUGACUUUUGUCAUCUACAACUACAACAAAAUACAGUUCGCUCUGUAUGAAAAAUACAUGUAUAACGCACAGGUCGGCUUCAAUAAGGGAAAAAGCACUAACUACUACGCUGUGGAGGGAUCGGGUACGGAGGGUAUUGCCACGGUAGUAUCGCGUACAAACGUCAACCGGACAGGCAAGUUCGUCUUCAGACUCAAUGGCUACAUGGCACGUCCCGUCAAAGUCGCCGACAUAGUGUUCGUAAUAGAUUCUUCCUACAGUGAGGCGAAGUUUUUCGACAAUAUCCUCCAGUACAUAGUGGAUGUAACAGACAAUCUCAUUAUAGCUCCUAAUGAGACACAGGUGGCUGUUAUAAGUUUCUCCAGGAUAGCCAGGGUGGAGUUCGACUUUACGGUUUGUCAGAACAACGACUGUGUUCAUGAGCGUGUCCUGAAUAUAUCCCAACUCAAUAGUACUUCAUACAUGGACACCGGACUAGACUUGGCAAGUGACAUGUUCCUGUGGACGAAAGGAGGGAGACAGUCAGCCCUGAAAUACGUUGUUAUGAUCAGUGACGGUUUGGUAAAUAACAGGGACAAGGCCAAAAGGAAGGCGAGAGAACUCUCUCAACGACAAGACGGAAUCAAAGUGGUAGGCGUGGGACUAGGCAGGUCUGUGUAUCACACAGUGUUGGAGAGUGUGGCCUUCAAUAGCUCGUACUUACUGGCACCAGAUCCUCAUAAACUACUUCACCUCCUACAAUGGGAUCUACACGACCCGAACGUUACAGGUUGUGUACAUAACUUCAGUGCUGAUAUACUUGUAAUAGUGGAAACAUCGGCGUCACAGAGCGACAAAUCCUUCAAGAAAGCACUGACCUUCCUUCAAACAUUUAUGGAUAAAUUCAACCCCAGUCAUACUGAUAACGCCAUAACCAUCAGUGUAGCUGUAUAUAGCAGUACCACAAACUAUGUCAUAAGGGAAUGUCCACUGUCAAGCCUACAGUACAUAAUGGAUGCCAUAAGGACACUUGGACAAUCCAAAGAUCAAGAACAGAACUGGGAUCAUAUGCUGAGGUUUGUUGAUAACCAUACUUCCUACAGCAGUGUUACAACCCAUAAAUACGCCAUGUUUGUAACAACUGGGUCUGUACCAGAGAAAUCAGUGGUGCACGUGAAGACGAAACUCAUGCAUCUGCGUGACAACAACAGUGUGCGCGUGGUGAUGGUAGGAAUCACUGACCACUCGAACUGGAAAGUAUUAGAAAAUGUGUACGAUUGUGGAUUCUAUACCUUCUCCACCGAGGAUGUAGACAUCGUGUCACGUGUUCUAUUGAAUGACAUCAAAUCCACAAACUGUACCAAACUGGGGAAAUGAUGCCUUGCCCAAUAGAUAAGUUACGUAAAGAACUGUUAACUAUUUUAAAAAGCUUUGCUGCUCAAAAAAAACAAAUAUGCCCGUCCGUCACUCCACAGUUGGUUAAGGUUUUCGGCAAAGUUUCUUCAAAAGCCUACACUCGUUAUCAAACACAUCUUCACGAGCGUCUGAUUGCGUUACACUCCAUGUGGCUAGCGAAGAUGCAACAAACAGUGCUAUAAUAAAAAAUCGCAUCAAAGUGUCUCGUACAGUUGAAGAUAUUCAAUUCAUCCAGCGAGCCCUGUAUUUUUAUGACAGAUACUCCCGAGUUUGGCCUCCAAGUUCAGUCAUGAAAAUUCAGACAAAUUUUCAGAAUAUCCAAUUGAUGGAUUUGUUGAUCAUAACCAUUGAUAUUUUUCAAAUAUUUUAACGCAUUACCAGUUAAUAAUGUACUGUAAUGACUUAAAGCGGACAAUUUUAACAUGAUUGUGUAGUGUGUUCAUGAUAAUAGUAACCCUUUGAGUGAGACAGUUGAGCAGACAUGGGGAGAAAAUUAUCUUCACCUUCCCAUCUUUUAAAUGUAUUGUAACUAACAUCUUAGCCAUAAAAAUCAACAUCAUACAUCACUCAAUUCUGUCAUAUUCACACUCCAGUAUAAAUAUCGGGAUGUACCCAUAUAUAGGUCAAAUGCGAGGUUAAAGUUCAAACACCAAUCUAGGACAUUCUACCUUGCAGACAGUGAAGCAAUCAUGUAUUAGCAGUAUGUUCUGUUCUAUCAAUAGCUUAAAUAUAGCAAUAAAGAAGUU